AUUUUAUGUUUUCUUUAAUAUUUCAGAUAAAAUGGCGGAACUUUUGAAAAAGGCCGAGUCACCAAUAAAAGAAGAGAUUGUUCCCACUAAGGAAGAAGUUCUUGUAACCUCUGCUGUGGAAGAUAUGUUAGCUAUUGAUGUUCAAGAAAACAAAAUCAAAUCUGAAAAUAUAGAAAUGAAAGAAGUGUCAAUAACUGAAGAGAAUGAUCCUCUGCUCCCUAAACCUAUCUUCUACUGUGAUGAGUGUGAAUAUGUAUCGUCAAACAGGUCAAACUUGAUGAAACACUUUGUAAGCAAGCAGAACGAAAGUCCUGUUUAUCCAUGUGAUGAGUGUUUAUUUGAAGCGGAGACUUUGAUAAGUUUAAAGUACCACGAGAAGAGAAUUCAUAAGAGAAUUGGAUAUCCGUGUGAGAAGUGUGAAUAUGUUGCCAUCUCAGAUUAUAAACUAAAGCGACACUUGGAGCAGUCGCAUCCAGAGCAUAAAUGUAUUCAUUGUGACUUUAUGGCAGGUACAAGUAUAGAACUGAAGCGCCACAAGAAAAGUGAGCAUACAGAUAUAAAAAAAGAAUUCCCAUGUAGUCAGUGUGAUGUUGUCGCGAGUUGCAGAAGGAAUCUUAAAUAUCACUUCGAUAUCAAACAUAGAGGUAUAAGAUAUCAAUGCAAUCAGUGCGAGUAUGCAGCUACUAGAGUUUUAAGUUUAAGACGACAUAUCGAAAGACAACAUGAAAAUGAAAAAUAUUCUUGUGAUCAAUGUCAAUUUUCCGGAAAUACAAGAAUGAAACUGAGGUUACACAUAAAGUUUCAGCAUAUAGGUUUUAAAUAUUCCUGUGAUCAAUGCCAAUUUGAGACAAAAAGUACAAGAUCUUUAAAAAUACACAAGACGGCUAUACAUCAUGAAGGAGUCAAAUAUCUUUGUGAUAAAUGUGAUUUCGUCGCUACCGUGGCGUCUAAAUUAACUUUACACAUUCGUGUAAAGCAUGAAGAUUUCAAGUAUUCUUGUGAUAAAUGUGAGUUUCUCACAACUACUGAAAAUAGUCUAAAGAUUCAUAAAAAGUUUCUACACGAAGGUGUAAGAUAUAAUUGUACCAAGUGCAAACAUGUUUCAACCACUAUGGACGGUGUUAAGAGUCAUAUGAAAUUAUGCCACGAGGGGGUGAGAUAUCCCUGUAACAAGUGUGAAUAUACUGGAUCAACAACAGAAAAAUUAAAGAGACAUAUUACGUGGAAACACGAAGGAAAGAGAUAUCCCUGUGUUUUAUGUGAUGAUUAUAACGGCACUAGAAUCAGCUCUCUAAAACGACACAUUGAAACUGUUCACAAAAAGGGCAAAUUUCCCUGUUAUUUAUGUGGCGAGGCUACACCCUCAGUUGUACAACUAAGGAAGCACAUUAUAACCAAACAUGAAGGAGAAAGGUUUCCCUGUGUUAAAUGUGAGUUUUCAGCUAAGUCUGUUAGAAGUUUAAAGGAACAUGUAGAGAAUAAUCACCAAACAUAAUUAAAUUAAAUGUCCAAUGUCCUUAAUGCAAUAUUAGAUUCUUUUAUUGCCUUAUUGUAAACAAGUGCCUUUAUUAGAAAUAGAAAUAGGUUUAAAUAUAUGUCUUAAGGAGCGGGGGGAAGGCAGGCGGCAAUAAGCCACAACAUUUUCCCCUUCCAUGCCACAUAUCAUCUUUUUUUGUCUACCGGAAGCCAUGAGCCACAACCGUACGGUAUUCCAUGCCACUGCAUGGGAGUCUUCCUGGAGUUAUUACGUUUGGUAAAUUUAGGAAAUUGCAAUUACGAUUUUUAACAACACUGCCGCAUUACGCUAGAGAUCAAAUUAUUCUAAAGAAGAAGAAAAAAAUGAGAAAAAACACAAUAUUAGCUGUCAUUGCCGAAUGCUGAAAGAUAGUAGCAGCAUAUUUCUCUCGGAGAAGACUGGAGUAAAAAAUGUUCACGCAACUUCCCGCCGGAUCUGAGGCGAAAAAAAAAUAUGCAACCUUCCCUUUUCUCCUGAUUAUACUUAGACCUUUUAACUAUUUAAUGCCAAUACUGUGAGGAAUUAUUCCCCCCCCCCCUAUAAGUUGCAGAAAAUACUGGA